AUGAGGGCUUUCGGCUGCGUGACCUUGAGAGACAGUGAUGGCUUGAAAAAGGGUGAGACGAUUGGGGAGCUGCUUGGAUACAUUGAAAAAUCUAAGAUCUGUAAUCCCAUCUUCUCCAAGGGUUAUGCUGAUUCAAAGUGGUGUUUAAGAAAGCUCGCCAAAGUAGUGGAGUGCAACAAAAGGGUGAUCCCUGUGUUCUUUGAUGUGGAUCCCUCUGAUGUUAAGAGUCAGAGCGGUGAGUUUGCUUCAGCAUUUAAGAAGCAUGAAUCCAAGCGGACGGUGAGGCAGGAAGAGGUGAUAACGUGGAGGGAAGCAUUAACAAAAGUAGGAAAUAUCUCUGGUUUCACUCUCAAGGACACUAAUGGGUACGAGGGGAAGCUUCUACAAAUUAUUGUGAAGAAGAUUCUAACUGAAGUGAACCCACAUCAUCUACAUGUGGGUGAAUCCCACCUCGAGAAACUUAGGAUGGUCUUGGAUGUGAAGGCUAAUGAAGUUCGGAUGAUCGGCAUCCAUGGAAUGGGCGGCAUCGGAAAGACCACCUUGUCAAAGCUGUCCACAAUAAAUUUUCUUUUGAACUUGAAGCUUUUGCUUAAGGACAUAUUCCAAUCUGAUGAAACUAUUACAGAUGAGAGCAAGGGAACUCAACUCAUCAAAAAUAAAAUCGGCACGAAGAAAGUUCUUUUCAUUCUUGAUGGCGUCGAUAGCAAGGAUCAGCUUCGUGCAUUGUUGUUCUGCUACCAUGCCUUUCGGAGUGAAAAACCGCCAAGUGAGGAAUAUGUCAAGAUGUGUAGUGAAGCAGUGUCAAGCAUUAAUGGGCUGCCAUUAGCACUGGAAGUCUUUGGGUCGCAGUUCUUUGACUUGAAGACUGAAAAAGAAUGGACAGGUAUGUUGAAACGGUUGAAGGAAAGCCAGCACUAA